UAUUCUACCUCGUUGGUUACAACGGAGGGAGGAAAGGGGAUACAAUUGUUUCCCUUUUUUUUGAAUUUUAUCUCAAAGUAAGCCAAAGUGAAGGUACUGAUAUUCCUUUAUAUUCUGCAAAAGAAGCAAACCGCUUUUGCGGUUUAGUUGAGCAGAAUGUCGGCAAGUGCCGUAUACGUGUUGGAUUUAAAGGGCAAGGUCCUCGUCUGUCGUAACUACCGUGGGGAUGUGGACAUGUCGGAGAUUGAACACUUCAUGACCCUUCUGAUGGACAAAGAGGAAGAGGGCACCCUCUCUCCAAUCCUGGCGCACGGAGGAGUGCGCUUCAUGUGGAUCAAACACAACAACCUGUACCUGGUUGCAACCUCAAAGAAAAAUGCCUCAGUCUCCCUGGUUUUCUCAUUUCUCUACAAGAUUAUCCAGGUGUUCUCCGAGUACUUCAAGGAGCUGGAGGAGGAGAGCAUCAGGGAUAACUUUGUGAUAAUCUACGAGCUGAUGGACGAGCUGAUGGACUUCGGUUACCCCCAGACCACAGACAGCAAGAUCCUACAAGAAUACAUCACUCAGGAGGGUCACAAGUUGGAUACAGGGGCUCCACGGCCCCCAGCAACCGUCACCAACGCCGUGUCCUGGAGGUCGGAGGGCAUCAAGUACAGGAAGAACGAGGUCUUCCUGGACGUCAUCGAAUCAGUCAAUCUGCUGGUCAGCGCCAAUGGCAAUGUUCUGCGUAGUGAGAUUGUUGGUUCCAUUAAGAUGCGUGUGUUCCUCUCCGGUAUGCCUGAACUACGACUGGGCCUCAAUGACAAGGUUCUGUUUGAAAACACUGGAAGAGGGAAGAGUAAGUCAGUGGAGCUGGAAGACGUCAAGUUCCACCAGUGCGUGCGUCUGUCCCGCUUCGAGAACGACCGCACCAUCUCCUUCAUCCCCCCGGACGGGGAGUUUGAGCUCAUGUCCUACCGCCUCAACACACACGUGAAGCCUCUGAUCUGGAUUGAGUCGGUGAUUGAAAAACACUCCCACAGCCGAAUCGAAUACAUGAUCAAGGCCAAAAGUCAGUUCAAGAGACGCUCUACAGCCAACAAUGUGGAGAUCCACAUUCCUGUCCCCACGGAUGCUGAUUCACCCAAGUUCAAAACCACGGUGGGCAGUGUCAAGUGGGUUCCAGAGAACAGCGAGAUCGUCUGGUCCAUCAAGUCUUUUCCUGGAGGGAAAGAGUACCUGAUGCGGGCUCACUUUGGACUGCCCAGCGUGGAGGCAGAGGACAAGGAGGGGAAGCCCCCCAUAAGUGUGAAGUUUGAGAUCCCCUACUUCACCACUUCCGGCAUCCAGGUGCGCUACCUGAAGAUCAUAGAGAAGAGCGGCUACCAGGCCCUGCCAUGGGUGCGCUACAUCACGCAGAACGGCGAUUAUCAGCUUCGGACCCAGUAGGCGGAGCUUCAGUCUGCAGUGAGCAGGUGGAAGAAGGAGGCGGAGUCUCCCUGACAUCCGAGUGCGACAGGUGUCAAUCAUGCGGCAUCACUGGCUCUCUGUGUCAGUUUAUCUUGUUCAAAUAGGUCAUUUACAUUUAAUAUCUCAUGCAAUCACGUGAAGGCAUCCUUUGUCAUACUUUGCAUUACAAGUUGUAGUGUUGUAGGCACUGUUUAGCUCCGAACACAGGAAAGGCUAUUGGAGAAAUGGACAAAGUUUACUUCUGAGCUGUGCAGUCCACAUUCACAUGUUAUACUGUUUGUGGGUCGUUUGAGGGGACGUUACAAGGUUCUGUUCAUAAGUUACUUUUAUCACAACACAGGUCAGCUGCUUCCUCUGUGUCAGUCUUAGGCAAUGAUUUAUUCUUUCAUGUACGAAACAGUAUUUUUUUGUGUUCUGUCACGUCUCAAAUUUGAUUGUAUAUAUUUGUUGGUACAGUACGUCUUAAAUUCCAAUUAAGUGUUUUUUUUCUUUUCUUCAGGUCACUAUGAAAUAAUCUGUAUUUUUUGUAUUUUUUAUAUUUACACCCCACUCAGUGUUUGGCCUGUCUUGCCAUGGAUGAUGGCCAAUAGCGAUAAUGCUUGUAAUCCAAUAAGCCAAAAAAGGUAUGAUAUUACUGGUCAAGUUGCCCAAGAAUUUAAACUCUAUGCCAACUCUAAGGUGUCUAACCUCCUUCUGCACCUAUCGCACUCUAAAUCCCUUUUGAUUUCAUGCCUGUGAAAUUAAAAAUCAAUGAUUACCUGUUGAGAAUAAUUAUUUUCCUCGUUGUGACAUGUUACCACUCAAUUUCAAAUCAAUAAAUACAUGUUUAGCAUA